CCAUGCACCUGGAGAGAUCUCUACGAUGCAUUAAAUCAUCCUACUGUUGCCAUGUCUGAUGUGGCAAAUAAGCUUUCAGCAAAGCUAACAACUGCUGAAGUACCAAAUACAAGGGCUGGAGAUGCUGCAUUAUCCAUGAGCAGUACAUCACUGACUGUGGCCAAUACCUCAUUUGACAGUGGAGACACCAAAGGUGACACAGGCCUAGACAGGAUUGUUUUCACUGAGGCAGUCAGCAAUUUUACUAUCCAUUUUCUAGCAGUCAAGUAU